AUGAACCGCCUCAAGCAGUCGAUCGCAUCGAUUCAGGCGCCGAGCCUGCCCUCGUUCGGCUCGGCCUCGCCCGACGACGACGAGCGACCGACGCGACCUCCGCUCGACGACCACCGCCUCGCGUCGCUCUCGACCCGCAAGGACGUCGCGGCCAAGCUCGCCGACACGUUCGCCCAGCACGUCCGCACCCUCGCCAAGCAGCGCACCAGCCCGCUCGCCGGCAGCGGCAACGCGACCGCCUUGCCCGCCCAGUGGGUCGGCGACGCCAUGGUCGAGGCGGCCCAGGAGAUCAGGGCAGGCGCGACGAGCUCGACCGAGGCCUCGUACGCCCACGUUCUCGCCUCAACCGGCGAGCUGUACCUCCAGUUCACCAAGCUCGCAACGUCGUACCACGAUCAGCUCAGCACGACCUACCUCGACACGCUCGAGCGCCGCACCGACGACUUCAAGGACCUCGACAAGACGGUCAAGGAGGCCGACAAGAAGCGCUCCCUCCUCGAGGCCGUCAUGACCAAGAUGGAAAAGGGCAAGAAGGACCCGGCCGAGUACGAGCGCGACCUCGAAAACGCCGAGGACGUCUACGCCGACGAGUGCAAGCGCCUCGAGCGCAAGGCCGACCGCCUCGAAGAGGCCCUCGAGGGCGACAUCGAUGCGCUCAAGCAGCUCGUCGACGUCCAGCUCGAGUUUGCGCGUGGCUACGUCGCCCUGCUCGAGGACUGCCAGUCGUCCAUCGGCGGCGUCUCGUCUUCUUCUGCACCUCGCGCACGCUCCUCGACUCUCCAAGCUCCGCCCUCCUCGAACCGCAUGGCGCGCUCGCAGUCCGAGUCGUCCGUCCUCUCGGCGCCGACGCCCGCCUCCUCGAGCACGUCGGGCAUGUUCUCGAUGCUCGGCCCGAACCGCUCGCGCCGCAGCACCGUGUCGUCGCAGACGAGCGACGGCGCGGCGGUCUCGGCAUCCGGCGCGGCCGGCGAGGCGGCCAAGAACCGCAGCCGCAGCGGGAGCAUGCUCGAGCGGUUCGCGCUCGGCAAGAACAAGAAGAAGGACGUGUCGCCUGCCGAGACGCCGACGGCCGAGGAGCCGGACGACGAGCCGGCGGCACCGCACCGCAGCAGCGGCGCGAGCGGCGCGAGCUCGCCAACCCGGAGCCGCAACGCGCCGUCGAUGCCCAGCAUCGGCUCGUUCAAGAAGCUGUCGCUGUCGGGCGUCGGCUCGGGCAAGUACGGCUCGCUCGGCGAGGACGAUGCCGAGCCCGUCGCGACGACCUCGCCCACGAGCUCGACCGCGUCGUUCGCCUCUCGGCGCGUCCCGCCCGUGCUCCGCCGCGCCGAGACGGCGCCCGCGUCGCCCGUGCCCUCGCCGCGUCGCGCCGUGCCGCCUUUGCCGCCGUCGCGCGGCCCCGUCGGCAAGACGUUCCGUGCCCAGUGGGCGUACGUCCCGGCGGCGUCGUCGGCGGGUCACGGGACCGACGACGAGAGCGAGGACGAGCUCAAGCUCGAGAAGGGCGACAUCGUGCGCGUCGAGCACGAGCGCACGGCGGACUGGUGGGUCGGACGGAUCGUCGGCGGCGGGUCGGGCGUCGAGCGGGGCCGGGGCAGGAGGGGCAUGUUUCCGAGCGCGUACGUCGUGCCGCACGUGCUCCCUCUCGACGACGAGGAGCCGAGGGGGCAGCAGGGCGCGAGCGCGCGCGACAGCGAGCGGUGGACGACGUUCUCGUCCUCGUCGACGCGCGAGGGCAGCGAGUACCACGGCCACUCGACCGAGGACUCGGACACGGCGGAUGACGACGACGAGGAGGGCGAGCAGGGCCUGCUGGACAGGCCCGGCGCGUCGUACUCGCCGUUCGGCGACGACGACGGCGCCGCACGAGCCCCGCCUCCUCGGCGGACCGUCCCAGCGCCGUCGCUCCCGCCUCGUGGGCAGGGUAGCAGCCCUUUCGCGCGGGACGACGUGUCGCACGUGUGGGCGAGCGGGCAGACGAGCAGGCGGGCUUAGAGCUGGAGAACGAGAGGGGCUUGAGCGGAUUUUUCUCUUUCUCGCUGGGGCUGUACAAGGGGUCUCCUCUUCUCAUUGCAGUGCGACACGAUCGCGAUCG